GGUUUUUUCUUCGUUAAUUCUCAGAAUGUGUCAGUCUGGAAAAAUAUAGAAUUAACCACAGUUGUUCUAUCUUUUCCCACAAAAAUUCCAUUUUGAUCCAUUUCAACUUCCCUUUGAGCUAUAAAAUCCCCCCUUUGGUCAGUUUUUCUAGCGUUUCUGGCGGUAUUUUUUGGGAUUGGUUGGGUCUUUUCUUCGUUUCGUAAUCAAGAUCUCAUCUUUCCUGUUCCUGACGCAAUCUCCUGUUCUUAGGUAGGUUUUCAUCCUAAGUUGCAAGCUUUGUUUCCCUCAAAACAUUUGCAAACUUGCUUCGCCUCGUCAUUUUCUUCGAUGGGUAAUGGGUUGGCGUGCAUGCGCAUAAAGGACUUGAGAGGUGGCUUUGGAUCUCAGAGCAAGAGGAAUUCCUCUCGGAGGAAGAUGGCGGCCCAAGAGGAGUUGCUUCUCCGCCAGGCUCUGUCAACGGCAAGCAACCGGCAACAUUCCCAGCGCUUCGAUGGUUCGAUGUCUCGCCGGACCGGGUCCUUGAGCUCCCGCAGGCGGACACUAUCGGAUCCAUUCUCCAAUGGGAAGCAGGUUCCAAUUUAUCUGGAGAACAUUGAAACAAGGAAAUUUGUUCUAGUACAUGGAGAAGGAUUUGGAGCAUGGUGCUGGUAUAAGACUAUUUCCCUGCUAGAGGAAGUAGGGUUGACAGCGGUUGCUUUGGAUCUUGCUGGGUCUGGGAUAGACAAUACAGACAUUAACAGCAUAACAACUAUGGCUGACUAUGCGAAACCUCUCAUUGAUUACCUACACGGACUUCCUGAUGAUGAAAAGGUUAUCUUGGUUGGUCACAGCUGUGGAGGUGCAAUCAUUUCAUACGCACUCGAGCUUCACCCGAAGAAGAUAUCAAAAGCAGUGUUUCUGAGUGCAACAAUGGUACUGGAUGGGCAGAGACCUUUUGAUGCGUUUGCUGAACAACUAGGUUCUGCAGAAAUUUUCAUGCAAGAGUCACAAUCAUUAUUAUAUGGCAAUGGCAAAGACAAACCUCCUACAGGUCUCAUGUUGGACAAACAACAAAUUAAGGGGUUGUAUUUCAACCACAGCCCUUCCAAGGAUAUUGCGUUGGCGUUGGUGUCCAUGAGACCAAUCCCUCUGGCUCCUAUCAUGGAGAAACUGUCUCUGACACCAGAAAAUUAUGGGACCGUCCGCCGAUACUUCGUUCAAACGAUUGAAGACAACAUGCUCUCACCUGACAUCCAGGAGAAGCUGGUCCGAGAGAACCCGCCUCUUGGGAUAUUCAAGAUCAAAGGCACUGAUCAUUGCCCCUUCUUCUCGAAGCCACAAUCAUUAAACAAGAUUUUGCUCGAAAUUGCCCAGCUGUCUUGGUGAGAACAACCACAAAUGUGCCAUGAGUUUAUGAUGAGCUACAAGGCUGCAGGUUAUAUAGAUACCGUGACAAAAAUUAUUUGAACUACAUGAAUGAACAACAGGGAACCCGAUACUUGUGCUUCCUUUUAGUUAUUUACAUUUAUCAUGUUAUUGUGAUGGUUAUAGUUUUCUUUCAGAAAAAAGAAAAACAUACUAGAUAUAUCCAGAUAUUUCAAUUCACAUAUUAUGUAGAGAUUAUUUGAAUGUCUAUCCAUCCAAUACAAAAAGCUUAACAGAUAUUUCUAUUUAUAGAUUUUGAUAUUCAGUUUGUAAGAAA